AUGUUUCCAACAAGAUGCUUAGUUCUGCUGGCCUGCUGGGCACUCCUCCAGAGUGUCAUAGCUGCGCCGGAUGGGGCGCUAGAGCAGCCCGACAUCGAGGAUCAUCGUCGAGAAGAGCGUGACUUUGGCUUGCAGGAGCGCCACAACCAUCCUGAACUUGUGAGCUCGCUACUUUCUAUCUUGACUGAGGAGAUCUCUACGACAAAAGGCCCGAAGCCUGAGACGACUACAGUCCCUGGUGGAGGAGGUGGUACUACAGUCCCUGGCGGAGGAGGUGGUACUACAGUCCCUGGUGGAGGUGGUGGCACUACGGUCCCUGGCGGAGGUGGCGGAACCACGGUCCCUGGCGAAGGUGGUAGCACUACAGUCCCUGGCGGAGGUGGUGGCACCACGGUCCCUGGAGGAGGUGGCGGCACUACAGUCCCUAGUGGAGGUGGUGGCACUACGGUCCCUGGCGAAGGUGGUGGUACCACAGUUCCUGGCGGAGGAGGCGGCACUUCACCCACUGGCGGCGGCGGUACGACUGGUACGCCAACUGGUGGCAUUGGAACUUCCCCGACUGGCGGAGCUACCACGACAACUGGACCUGCUCCAACUGGCGGUACUACAUCCCCCACUGGAGGUGGUACCGUGCCUCCUUCCCCAUCUCCUAGCGUUACCACUGCAAGCGAAGUUUGUCCUACUCCAUCCACGUCUAAGGAGACGACGGUGGUCCCGGUGACCGUCACUUGUCCCGCUGCCAUAGUGAGCACCACUACUGUCACUGUCACAUCUGGUUCGGUCCCGGGCACGGGAGCAUCGCUUUGUCCUUGCCCCACUGAAAGUCCUACCGGAGGUGCUCUCCCCACCACCAGCCCCACUGGCGGAGCCUCUCCAACUGGCAGUGUGACAACCUCAACUAGUUCCACUGGCGGAGCCUCUCCAACGGGCAGCCCAACAACCUCAAUUAGCCCUACUGGUGGAGUCUCUCCAACUGCCAGCGUGACAACUUCAACUAGCCACACUAGCGUAGUCUCCCCAACUGGCAGCCCGACAACCUCACCCACCAGAACCAGCACUAGCACCAAUACUCUGACUCAGACCCUGACCCAAACCCGGACAUCGACGCCACUCAUACCAACCACCACCAGAGAACGUACUGCAGUCACAACAGCCUCGCCCACCACGCCAGCUACCCUCGUGACUUUGCCUACAACAUCUCCACAUGUAUCUCCUGGAACACCAGGGGGAUCGCGUGUCACCCCACGAGCAAAGAUCAACCCCGACGUUAUUCGUCGGCGGCUAUUUAGCAACACGACAGCGACGGCCCUCUUCACCAACACGUCUGUUGUCCACAAUACCACAACUAGUGCAGUGAACCUCACUCGUGUUGCGACGGAGACUGCUACCGAGCCUGCACCUGGUUUCCUGCCUCGCUUUCAUCGUGGACGGAAUCGUGGUUAG